GCAAUCCCCACUCCUGACACUGCAAAGUAUAGUGGGGAGGGAUAGUAUUGAGUCACCAUGGGCAGGUUUGUCAGCCCCGGGGCACAGAAGAAAAGCUGGUGUUUAAAAGGGCACCUGGAAUAGAAAUAAACCAGCCCUACAGCCCUGCCAUAUGGCAGAGAAGUAGCUGGAACUCUCUCCCAGUUGGAGGGGUUGGCAACUACCAUGGUUUACACUAUCCCUCCAAACUGAUAAUGUGCACAGGAGCAGGGUCUGGGAGUCCUAGCUCGCCUAUCAUCUCAGCCCCAGGCCCCCAGGCCACACCAGUCCCAGCCAUCCCACCGGGGGCCCCGAAGCACCGCUCACUGAGAAACCCUGGUCAGCGCCCAAUGCGUAUCCAGCUGUCUGGCCAAUGUGCCACAGGUGGAAAGAACCCAGAAGAGUCCAUGUCCACAGAAAUUUACCUCCAUAAGGCUUGCUAGGGCACCUCUGGUGCAGAGUGCUCUGGGACCUCCUGACUCCUGCCUGCUUUGGCUUCAGCCUCCCUGGCAGGGUGGCUUCUUCACCAGCAGCCCAGUUUCCUGGCGAGACUCCCACCUCACCUCCAGCUGCCCUAUCAGUGCAUGCACUCUGGGGAGCACCCCAGGACCCACAAACCUGCUUCCCAGCUCUAACUACUGCACCACGGUUCACCUGGUACUGAGCACACUGGGAGACCCCACCUUGAAACCAGUUCCCCUAAAGCUGCCUUACUAGGGAGCCCUCUGAGCGGAGAAGCCCCAGGACCACCCUCACCCCCAUCCACUCCAGCUUCAGAUGUCCUGUCAGCGCAUUCUCUGCCCAGGGAGCCCUGCGACCACCCCGGCUCACACCCACUUCCGCUCCGGCCAUCCCAUCAGGCAGCCCAUACAAAGUGUCCUAGGCCCCCUACACACGCCCUCCACAGCUCUGGCCAGCCACUCCGUCACCAGGCACACACAGUCUACAGAGGGGUUCCCCGACACAAGACCAUUCCCUCAAGUUUAGGAGAAGUAGCUUUUCUGCCUAAGUCAUAAAAAAGAACAACAGCAAUAACAACCACCACACAGAAAGUCAAACAAACUGAGGAGAAAGAGAAAUAUGCUCCAAAUGGAUGAACAAUACAAAACCUCAGAAAAGGAACUACAUGAAACAGAGAUAAACAAUAUGCUUGAUAAAGAGUUUAAAGUAUUGAUCAUAAAAGAUGCUCACUGGGCUGGAGACAAAAGUGGAAGUACUCAGUGAGAACUUCAACAAGACAUAGAAGAUAUAAAUUAAAAAAGAAAAACAGAGCUAAAGAAUAUAAUCACUGAAACCAAAAAUGCAACACAGGGAAUCUAAAGUAGAUUAGUGGAUUCUGAAGAAUGGAUCAGUAAUCUGCAAGACCAGGUGAUGGAGAGCUUGGAAUCUGAACAAUAAAAAGAAAAAAAAUAAAUAAAUACAGCAGAUGAGGGUAAGUUAAAGGAUUUCUUGGAAACCAUGAAGCAAGGAAACAGUCACAUUAUUGUGGUCCCAGAUAGAGAAGACAGAGAGAGAAAGGACAGAAACCAUAGUUGAAGGAAUAUUAGAUGAAAUCUCUCCUCAACUGGAGAAGGAAACAGACAUCCAGAUCCAGGAAGCACAGAGAUUUCAAAACAAGAGCAACCCGAGGAGGCCCACAGGAUGAUGUAAUAAUUCAAGUAUCAAAGGUUAAGGGUAAGGAGUUUUAGAAACAGCAUGAGAGAAACAAGUUCUGUGUACGAGAAACCCCAUAAAGUCAUCAGGUGAAUUUUCAGCAGAGACCUUGCAGCCCAGAAGACAAUGGCAUGAUCUAGUCAACAGUCUGAAAGGAAUCAUCCUACAACCAAGAAUACGCCAACCAGCAGGGUGAGCAUUCAGAAUUGAAGGAAUGGCAAGCAGUUUCCCUGACAAAAAGAACUCAAAGGAGUUUAUCACCCCUAAAAUGGCGUUACAAGAAACGGGAAGGGACUUCUUUUAAGUGGAAAAGAAAAGGUAAUAAACAGACUUGAGAAAAUUAUGAAUACAGUGGUGGAAAAUAGGACAAUAUACACAUCAAGUGUGGAGGGGGGAGUAAAAAGUUCUCAAAUGUGUUCAAACUUAAGUGACCAUCAACUUAAUAUAGACUGCCUUAUACUUCACAUGUCAUACAUGAACCUCAUGGUGACCACAAACCCGAAACCUCUCAUAGAUGAAAAAUAGAUACAUGAAGAGAAAGAAAGCCAAACAUAAUACUACAGAAAGUCAUCGAUCAGAUAAAACAAACAAACAAGAGAAGAAACAGAAAACAACCAGAAAACAAUGAACAAAAUGGCAAGAAGUACAAACCUUCCAAUAAGUACUUUAAAAGUAAAUGGCCUAAAUACUCCAAUGAAGAGAUAAAGAGUGGCAGAAUCAAUUUAAAACAAACAAACAAAAAAUGACCCAUCUAUAUACACUGCUCAAGGGAGUCUCCCUGCAGUCCUAUGAUACACAGAAACUGAAAGCGAAAGGAUGGAAAAAGAAAAAUUAUGCGAACAGAAGUGGAAUAAUGCUGGAGUAGCAAUACUUGUAUCAGACAAAAUAGACUUUGAAACAAAGGCUGUAACAAGAGACAAAGAGGGGCAUUACAUAAUGGCACAGAGCAAUCAAUCCAACAAGACAAUGUAACAGUGUAAAUGCCUAUGCACCCAACACUAGAGCACCUCAAUACCUAAAGCAAAUAUUAAUAGACAUAAAGGAAAAAUUGACAGUAAUACAGAAAUAGCAGAGAUUUACCACCCCAUGUGUAUGAGUGGAAAGAUCAUCGGGGCAGAAAAGCAACAAGAACCCUGUGUUUUUGAAUAAGACUUCUGACCAAGUGGACUUCAUAUACAUACACACACACACACACACACACACAAAACUUCCCAUUCAAAAACAAUGGAACCUACAUUCUUUUCUAGUGCAAAUGGCACUUUCUCAUUCACACCUUAGGCCACAAAACGAAUCUCAAUAGAUUUCAGAUUAAAAUCAUACACAAUUUUGCAACAACAGUAUCAAACUAGAAACCUACCACAAGAGAAACAAAAAAAACUGGACAAAAAACCACAAAGGCAUGGAGGCUAAACACCAUGCUACAAAACCAUCAAUAGGUUAAUGAACAAAGGGGAAAUAAAAAAUGACAUGGAGACAAAUGAAAAUGAACACAGAGGAGUCCCAAGUCUUUCAGACACAGCAAAAGCAGUUCCAAGAGGGAAGUUUAUACCAACACAGGCCUACCUACAGGAACAAGAAAAAAAUUCAAACAGUCUAACCUUAUGCCUACAGGGCCUAGAGAAAGAAUGAAGAUGUAGGUUAGUAUAAGGAAGAACAUAAUCAAGAUCACAGCAGGAAUAAAUGAAACAUAGAUGUGACGAGUGCAAUCCAGCUGCCACCAUCUCAGGAUACAAUGUGUUUUACUAAUGGUUUGUGAGUGUACUUACCGGAUAGAAGCCUUCCCUGUUCUAAGGGCUACAACCUCAGGAGUAGAUUAGUGUUACUGAAGAAAAUACUUCCAAACUGGAGAAUACACAAUGACUGAGGGACCCAUUUCCCAGGACAAAUACUCGGCCACUUGCCACAUGUAGCCAGUUGCGCAACAUUUCCACUGGGCCUAUCAUCCGCAAACAUUCCACUUUGUGGAAGAAACAAAUGGCAUCAUAAAAUCCCAACUGGCAAAACCCACGGCAUCUUUCCAUUUGCCAAAGCCCAAAGAUCUUCCCUUCAUACUGUUGAAUCUGAGAUCCACUCCCCAUGAGAGACAUAAACAUUCAUGCUUUGAAAUCAUUGCUGGAAGACCAGGGAGAUGUGAUCAAGGGGCAUAUGAACCCAGCAACAUAAAGGUGGUAUGACGACUUAGUAAGAAAUGACAGCUAUAAAUAGGCCCUUCCAUGAAAUGAGUAAUUGGUGGAACAGUCUGUCUGCACCAUGCGCCUGGGAGACAGAUUAUCAAACGUGGCCUUCAACCUGGAGAGGAGUCCCCAAAGACUCCCUCCAGUCUCUCUGGGAGGAUUCAUACCAGCUAUUCCUAACUGCUCAAUCACAAGGCACUGACUCAUGGAUUCAUGUCUACCAUUUCUUUAAAAUGGCUGCAACCUCCAACUGGACAACCAAACCAAUGGCUAGACUUCAUCUGAUUAUAGCCCAAAAAAAGAAGCAGAUGACAUCUGAAGGGACAGCUUUCUCAAGAGGCAGGGACAGGCCAAUACCGUAGUACAUUCAAAACACAAAAAUCUUAACAGAAACUCCUAAACUUGCUGAAAUCGUGGGCCAAUUUUUCUCUCUGUGGGAAUUGUUGUGAUUUUUGCUCUUUUACUUUACUGCUGGUAAACACACUCUCAAAGGUUUCUGGAUACCAACUGUUGUUCCCUCACUGCCUUUACAUAUAUUCAAGAGCAUGACAUUCUUAAAUUAAAAAUUAAAAACUGCUAAGUUACACACACUAGACAAAACCUUGAAAAGACAUUUGACCGUAACCCCAGCGUGGUUGAAUGUUAAGUUUUCUGAUACUUCAGCUGCCUGCCUUCAGGACUCGGGGCUCUCUUGUGUCUAGAUCUAUAAAUUUUAUUGUUGAAUAUUUUAAUUUUGCACUAUUUGCAAUUUUCCGAUUGCUUAUACUUUGCGUUUCUCCUUGUACUACUACUGAAAAUAUAAAAAUGACUGUUGCUCAAAGAACAGAAGUCAUCAUCAGAUCUACCCAGAAAUGAGAUCCUAGGUAACAUCUAGACGUGAUUUCCUCAAAUCUUCUUACUAAGACGCAGUCCUAAGACUCACCUAGCAUGGAUUAUCAAUAAACUAGGUAACUUCCACCUCCCAGGGGCAUGAUGGGCCUGGAGCAGGUUGCCAACCACCCAGGCAAUGAAAUGGGAGGGCAGGAAAAUACAAUUUGAGCAAUGAUGUUUUCCUGUCAGAAAGAUGUCAGAAAAAAGAUGGGCUGGAAUUGUGAAAGAAGAUGCAAAAUGAAGUAAGCUUUGCUAAGAGAGCCACUCCAACUAGAAUGGAAAGGACAAUAAUGAAGUAAAGCAUAAGCACGUCUCCUCUUUCAAUUUCAAGAACACCAUGAACUUUGGACUUCUGGCACCUGUAACUGCUCAGUUGCAACUGGACCACCUCCUCCAACACAUCCUUCCACUUUGGACUGAAAUAGAGACAAUGUAACAGCUGUUCACUGCUCGCAAUCAAUUCUGUCAAAACAAGUGCCUGUGCUUUUCCUUCAUAAACCCGCACUCCCUGCUCAAAAUUAGGGGCACACCGGAUUUCUCCACUCUGUGUCUCCCAGAUGACAGUCCCUAAUUCCCCCAAAUUGAAGUUCAGCUGUUCUCCAGCAUCUACUUCUCGACUGACAGGAAUUAGGUACAAAUGCAAAGCCCACUUUAGGCUAUUUAUACAUCAUCAGGUUAUGGUAAACACCAGAGGAAACAUUAAAAUGCCAAAGUACACUUCAAGAUAAAUUCAGAUUCCUGACAUUGAUUUGUUUACACUUAAAUCUUUUGGGAAAAUUUGGUCACAAGAAUCAGCUCUGGGUGUCAUAAAUAAAAUUUCUAUUUUGACAUAAUAUCAGAAAUCCAUCCAAUGUCAUCCAUCAUAGCCUAUAAGGUACCCUAAAUAGGUAUACUUAUAUUCACACCAACAAAAAAACCUCCCCUCAAAGUCAUAAACUAAAAUUACUUGUUAUCCGACAUGUGCCAAAGUGACAGAGAUUACUUGAUGAUAUUAUUCAAAAACUAAGUUCUUAAACUAUACAUUUUCAUGACAAACUAAAGUUUUCUAAAACUGUGACAGAAAAAUGCUCUAUUUAGAUAUCAGUUGAAUAAAAUGCUGUGAUUGCAUUACCUAAAGAAGCAAAAGGAUUUUAUCAUGUGUAAAUUUAUGCUGUUACUCAUGGUUUUUUUUCAAUCCUACUAUCUUUUUUUGUGUCCUUUUUUUUUUAAGUCAUAAAAUAUUUUAAAGAAAAACACUUUAUAUUUACUGCCUGGAACUGCCUAUUACCCCUGGCUUUUUGGCCAAGGGGUUCUGAGUUUUCACUCUGCAUGGGACCACACAGAGCAUGUUGCCAGUCCGGCAGAUGGUUACAAUGUAUGUGCCCCCUGCAAGACAGCUCUAGGGAGUGGAUGGACAAGGGGUGAACCCCGCAGACAGGUUGUGGGUCUAAACACUAAGAGUGCACAGACUGACCUCAGCAGCCAAGAGGAUCCUGCCCAGCUAUGACCUGCCUCAUCUCAUGAGUCUUCCCCUGCAAAAGUAGGCUGGACCCAUGACCUGCACACACGCCAUGGCAGCCCACAUCCAGUGGUGGGGAGGACCCACUGUCCACUCAGAACUAUCCUCAUUACAGAACGGAAAUUCAGGAUGGAGGGCAAGAGAGAGGGAGGUCAAAGCACUAAGGGUCUUUACAAUCUGAAACACAUGAGAAACCCAGUGUUUUCCAAGAGUAUUUUUCUGUCCCCUGCAGAAAAGGAAACUUCAAAUCCAAAAUAAUGAAAUUUAUUGGAAAAUGAGGGAGAUAGGUUUGUAUACUUAGCAGUCCGCCCCUGAGAUAACAUUAGUAAUUGUCACUCUUGGCUCCAAGGGGCUCCUGGAAGGAAAACAGGGCCAUCCGGGGGAAAGGGGCACUGUAGGAAGGACUUUUUCUUAAAGAUUUUAUUUAUUUGAGCGAGCGAGAGAGAGGGAGAGAGCACAUGAGUGGGGUGAGGGGCAGAGGGAGAAGCGGACUCCCCACAAAGCAGGGAGCCUGAUGCCGGGUUUGAUGCCUGAACUCCAGGGGCAUGACCUGACCUGAAGGCAGACACUUAAACCUGCGGUGCCCCCAGACACCCCAGGAAAGACUUUUCAAAACAAUGUUUUAUUAAUAAAAGUUUAAGGAGGGCAUGUACUGCAUGAAGCACUGGGUGUUAUAUGAAAACAAUGAAUCGGGGAUCACUGCAUCAAAAACUAAUGAUGUAUUGCAUGGUGACAAACAUAAUAAAAUAAAAUUAAAAAAAUAAAUAAAAAUAAAAGUUUUCUAGAAUAGCAAAUAUAAAAUGAAAAUUUAAGUCUCCUUUGUGGCCCCUCCAGGGGUAUCCUUUUUUUUUCUUUAGUUUAUAAAAUACAGUGCAGUAUUAGUUUCUGGAGUAGAAUUCAGUGAUUCAUCACUUACAGGCAGCACUCAGUGGUGAUCACAACAAGUGCCCUCUUUUAUACCCAUCGUCCAUCUACCCAUCCAAGACCCACUUCCCUCCAUCAACCCACAGUGUGCAGAGCUGCCUGCACUCUGAAAGUUCUAUCAUGACCAACCCAUGGCCAUGGUGACCGAUGAUGCAACCUUUCCUCCCAUUCCAACUGUCACUCUGUGAGCCGAGCCCUGGCAGUUUGGUAACAGGUGUGAAGUUUCCCACGAUGGGCAACCUGAAUUGCUGUUGUACAGGUAUGUUCAUAUGGAUUUUCUGAAUUCUCUUUUCUCAAGGUGGCUGCCUCACUUCUAGAGAAAUUUCUUUCCUUUUUUUUCUUUUCCUGUCCACCCUCCAAGUUGUCCACACUGAUAGAUGAAUAUUCUACGUUUUCCGUAUUAGAUACUUUUGAUUUUUCAAUGACGCUGGCUUCCUUAAAUAGCUUCUAAAUCCAGAAAACUGUACUAUUUCUCAGUGCCAAUUUCGUACAUAGUCAUACCAAGAAUGCACACAGGGAACAAACCACACUGCUCUCAUUGGAUCAGGAGAAUCUUGAUGCCAUCCAGCAACACAUUAUAGGGAAAGGAGUUACAAGUCACCUCUUCUCAAGGUGGACGACAAAAUCUGGAAGCAACUGCGAGCAGUCUAAAUGCAGACAUUUUUAGGAGAGAAACUGGACUAUCUUGUGGUAUUUUCAUGAGUUGAUGUGGAGGUUCACUGGCUGUCUGGAUGUUGCCUGGGAGUGAACGAGAAGGGACCGUGCCAUCAGGUAGGUGGAAUGAACAUUUGGCAGCUGAGUAAUGGACUGUCUCUCUCCAAAGACAGUCCUAUCCAAAGAUAGUUCUGAAGGUCCUGUGUAUGGAGGGACUCUCUAAGAGGAGACAGGACACUGUCCCCUACCGCCACAGUGUCUAGAGGAUGAAGAGACCUGAGAGUAGAGAGUGGAUGUGGGAGGUAGGUAGGAAGAAGUAGGGAGGAACUCACUCCAACCAGUGUAGUCUCACUUUAGUCAAGGCCCCUCAGACCAUUCCUUAGAUCAAUAGUAGGACAUUCAGCAUCAUAGAUUUAUUUCCUUAAAGCAAACAUCCCCAACCCUGAUGGCCACUUCCACAUUAAUUCCCAUGAAUUGAUCCUCGGAAUUGGUCAGCUGAAAGCAAGCGAAUUCUCGGUAGGGUUUAGAAUAGCCUGGAUUUGGAAUCAGCUUGGAGCCAAGGAGAUUGUCCGUCACAGUGGGUGCUCAACUGGCUUUUGGGAAGGCCCUGGGGGACUGAGCUGACACUGCAAAGAACUGGGGAAAGUGGCCAAGCUGCACUUCCCUGAUCCUUUGCUGGAGCUCCAUUUGGAAGAACCUGCAGCAUAUUUUAUGUCCGGAACCCUAACAUAGAGGUAAAUUAGGAUUGAGACUGUUCUCAUGGCACAGACACCUCCUGCAGGGCACAGGUGGAUUUGGAGAGUGAGGGCAGCUCUUGGUUCAGGGGUUCAGGACAUUUUCUCGGCAGCCCUGAGAAGGUGCCAGGUCCUCAGGAUCUCUCCCCCCAGGGAAACAACUACAUUCCUGUCCCAGAUCCAUCACUCACCAGCGUGGCCACUCUGGACAGCCAUUUCAUCUCCAAAACUUUCAGGGCCCUCCACUGUAAAAUAUGGGCUACCACCCCCAUAUUUUCCGCUCCAGUGGUGCUGGUGCGGGGAUUACAAGACAGGAUGAUAUGUUUUCUGUGAGCUGUAAAGCUUCAUUCCCAUGUGAAGGAUAAAGAGUGAGCUUCCAACCUCCCAUGCAGUGGAGUCACCUGAGUCCCAUGUCUGGAUUCACCCACUACCAGGUGUCUAGCUCAUUCUAUAGGAAAUCAGAACCUGACUACCUCCAGAGCAACGGUGAAGCAUCAGUCCUUUACUAUGUCCAAGGCUCUACUUGGAGGAAAUCACUUUUAGCGUCACAACAGUACACAAGUGAGUAGGAGAUAUGAAUAUUUCCACAUUUCAGAGCAGGAAACUGAGACACAGAGGGCUCUCGGUAACUCUCUCAGCUAUGGGUACCUUCUAAAUGGGAUGUGAAUCCAGGCCAUCGGGCGCGGUCAUUGUGCUUUGCUGAGUUUCUAUCACGUCUCUACUAAAUCACAGUAGUUGCCCACAAAACUUGUCUGUUGGGGGAUUUCAGGGCACACCACACUGCAACAUCUUCCUAAGGCCAGCGUUGAAGGACGAAUGUCUGCUAGACAGCUGGUGAGUAGGGGGAGCAGAAGGUUGAACUAGGAGUAAAUUAGGACUCCUGCCCCGAUGGUCUUCUGCCAGCAAGAUGCCAACACUGCUCUCUCUUUCUAUGCAUUUCCCAGGACCAUGUGUGGAAGGAGAGAGGGAAGUUGUGGAGCCCCCCACAACCACGUCGGCCUCUUCCACAGAGAAAAAGAAAAGAGUCCGCUUCUCCCUCCACAACCAGGUCUUCCAAAUCGGGGACACCGAGGAAGAUCCUGUGGAGCGCCAGACCGACGACCUUCCCAGGGAGAGGACAGAGGAAGGGGCCCCACCUAUCCCUGAGGUGGAUGCUGCGAGAAACGAAAACUCUGGUCCCGAGGGCCUGCUGGAAGGACCCAGUUCAAAGGCAGAGGAAGAAACUGCGACUCUCCUUCAGGAGGAGGCAACCGGAAAUGGUCCAACUUCCCGGGAUGGCCUGAUGAAUAACCUUUCCUGGGAGAGUGAAGAGGCAGAGGGCCCAUUCUUCACCAAGGUGGUGGCCCUGCUGGAACCUGACAGUGUUGCUACAGAUUUGCAUGUGGAGACCAUACACGACUCCAGCAGUGAGGAGGAAGCACUCAGCGAACAGUACUCAGCCCCCGAAGCAUCACCACCGCUCUCCGCACACGAAGAGGACUCCAUGGAUGAAGAGGAUUCCGAUGGAAGAGCAACACUGUGCCUCCCUCAAGAUGCUUCCCUUCUACAGAAUUGUGAGACAAAAUAAGGGAAGCCGUCUCUCAAUCAGAAGAGAAGGACUUAUGAAUGGGUCUGUAGGCAAGACUCUCAGGGGAAGCCCACCCAGUCUCUCCUCGACUCAGCCUUUUGCAACUCCUACAUAUAGAGGCCCCCAACUGACCAACAGUGACAAAUAGGUUGGGACAUCUCUACGCCCCUCUUCAGCAGGAAGAAGUUACAGAAGAUGAGACCUUCCACCUUCAACAAACUUCAAGAUAUAAGGGUCAAAACUGUUCACCAGAAGCUGGCACCGAACACCGCCCCGCCCCCCAUGUGAUUUGUGUGACAAUCCUCAGGCACU